AUGGAAAUCGUGAAGGGGCAUUUGCACAACGGAAGAAAAACUACUCUCAAACCCCAAACUUUCCUAGUUGCUAGUAUUCCUAAUGCACUAGUGUUACGCAUUUUGUCUCGUUCCUUGUUCUUCGUCAUGGUCUUUGCCUCCUUGUCUUUCAUGAGAAUUGCUUACAAAGGUUUCUAUUCUUCGAUGACUUUUGUUCCCACUUCUGAGCCCGCUGCAUAUGGCUCUCUCGAUGUGGGACUACUGAAUUUGAUGCUCAAUGAUUUUUCCACUAAGGGUCUCUUCAAAGAUAACGGCAAGACACUCCUUGUCAACUCUCCCGUUCCUAAUGGCUUAGACAAAAAUAUUCAUAUACUCGUGAACUCUAAUUCAGAGAGAAAGAGGUUGUUGGCGGAUGAGUCUUAUGAUUUUGUGUUCACAUAUGAUGUUACUGAUGCCGAGUUUAUUGACCGCAUUCUUAAAAUUGACGGCAUUGUGGCUUUCCCCUUGGGAGCUAGACCCUCAAAUUAUGCUUUCAGAGAACAUACUAAUUACAAAGUUGUUUACAUUAAGCGAUAUGGUUUUGUAAUUGUUGUGUUGAAGAAAACUGGGCCAGCUAUCAGGUUGGGAGAUUCUGACUCUUCCCCUAAAAGGAAGCUUUUGGCCGUAGAGACAGAGGUCAUGAGCAAGACAGUGGCAUUGAACGGUCUUGAAGAUGUUCAUUUGGAGCCACCGAGAAAGACUUUGGUUCAAUCGAGAAAUUACUUGAACAAUAUAAAGUAUCUACCUGACCUGUUGGGUGAUUCUCUUGAAGGAUACAGUCGCAGAGUGUUCAUUAGUGUAGGCUUACCCGAGGAGAACGAAAGUGUGAUGGAUUGGUUCAAAACGAACUACCCCACGAAGAAUACAAAUUUUGAGACGCUCAGCCUCGUGGCUUCUCCGAAAAACCAUUUUGAUGUUUCCGCUUGGUUAUCUGAGAAUGUGGAGGAGGAAGAGUACGUUGUGAUGAAGGCAGAAGCAGAUGUUGUUGAGGAGAUGAUGAAGAAGAGGACAAUAGGUUUGGUGGAUGAACUCUUCCUAGAGUACCCCAUAAAGGUAAGAGUGAAGGUCUUGUUGGUUGAGUGA